CACUUCGCAUCUCUCUUUCUGCCAGAAAAAUAUGACACAAACGUUUGUGUUAAAAGAAAUAUGAAAAAUACUCUCCCUGUCUGGGAGAGAAAGUAUUGGAAAAGCAGCCUUGAUGACUAACAGUAUUUUUAUUUAUUAAUUUUUUAAGGUGGAUUUUAGCUGGGAUGAGAAAUUAUCAGUGCAUCAUCUUUUUUACUCUUUUGCAGCUGACAUCAGGUGUGCACAUAUCCAUAUCGAAGGGAAAGACUAUAUUGUUUCCUCUACCUGAACUUCUGGCGGGCACUUCUAUUAAUGAGGUUGAAUGGAAAUAUCAUACGAGCAAAAAAAACAUUCUGCUGGCCAAGAUUGUUCUAAAUAAAAAUCAAUAUCAUGAUUCAAGGAUUUUCAGUAAGAGGACUAGGAUGCAAAUAACAAAGAACGGUACACUUUACAUUAAAGAUGUUAAAGAUGAAGACUCUGGGAACUACUCAUGCACCAUCGUUUUCCAGGAUCAAAGAAUGCAAACACAGCAGAUCUAUUUUCAAGUACUUAAUGCUCGAGACUUGGAACAACACAACAACACUGUGUACAACUCAACAUUUAAACCAUCAGAAUCCCAUGAUCCUAACACAGCACUGAUUGAAAUACCUGUGUGCUCAGCACUCUCAGUUGUCCUUAUUGUAGCCACCAUUUUCAUCUUCAAAUGUAGAAAAAAGUGUUGUUGCACUUCAAAAGAGCCCAUUUAUGUCAAUAAAACGGAUGUACAAAAAGCAAGGAAACCAAAGGUUACAAGUGGGAAGAGGGACAUCAGAUAAGCGAUACAAUCUAUAGUCUGAGAACAUUAUAACUUUGUUGUUUUGGACCCCAUGCUUGAUUCUUCCCAAUGAUAAGGCAAAGAGGUAAAAUCCCAGACUGCUGCAGCAACGAGUGGGCUUUCACUUGUUUUUUGCACAGACAAAUAGGUUUAUGUUGAUGUAAAGUUAUUGGUUACUGUGGUCAAGUAGGGUGCACUAUUUAAUCCAAACACAUUUUUCUGCUUGAUAAACAGUACUGGGAAAUGGCUUAUGUAUGUUUUGUCAUCUUUGUUUUCCUUUAAGUUAAGUGUAGAUUGUGUUUUUUUUUUUAUUUCUUUUAAUUAAAAAUUUUUUUUGCUUGGGUCUCACUUCAAACCUUUGCUUACCAUUGUUGUGAUAAACAUAAUAGGUGUACUGCAAUAGGUCAUAUUUCUUCUUGUACUGUAAUAUGUUUAAAUUAUGUAGCUAUUUAUAUUAUGUUGAAUGCAGUGUUAUUACUAAGAAGUCUUCUAUGAAAAUUGCAUAUGAGACAAAGCCAGAGACAUGUGAUAACAGUACACAAAUGAGGUUAAGCGUCAAGCCUGAUGUUUCCUCUCAUUCAAGUUUCUGCACACCGAAACAGUUACUAGAGCAAAUUAAUACAAGGCCUCUGACCUCUUUAUGUGGUAAAAAUGUUGUAAAGUGUAGUUUAUUAAAUGCAUGCAGAUGGUGCACUAAUUGUAAACAAACAAAAGAAUGAAUUCAACAAACAGUCAAGUGCAGUCAAGUCUGUCACUUUUCUAAUUUUGAACAUCUUUGUAUAUAGUUGUCACCUCACUCAAAGCUAAAUUUCAAAAAUUAAAUUUCUUUCAUUUUUAAAAUAAUUUUAAGCUUAAUUUGCAGAAGCCUUGUGUUUAAUCACUCUGACCAUAAUGACAACACUUAUUGGCUGAUGGAACAACAAGAUUUCUGAUGGCCUUAUUUUAAAAAAAAUGUUAUGUAUAUUUUUAUUACCUUUUCUCCCCAAUUUGGCAUGCCCACUUCCCAGUGCACUCUAAUUCCUCGUGGUGGUGAUGUCUGAAGCCCUUCACUAACAACUAUUCUGUGCAAUGACCUCAAUGACAGCAGACAGAACAAUUGAAGUCCAUUUCACACUUCUAAGAGUUCUCUAAAACAGAAUCAGGCACUGGUAAAACAUCUACUCUAAUGUUGCUUGUAAAAAAAAAAUCUUAUUUGAUCAGAAUGCAUAGCAAAUUUUAAACAGGGACUUUUUAGCCCAAAAUAGACCACCAUAUUAAAAUGAAUGAGAGAAACUGGAGCACCCAGUAUGUCAGGUGUAAAAAUGUCUUAUCUUCUAAAAAUGAUAUAAACAUACUGUAUGCUUUUGAACUAAUAUUAUAUGCACUCUUUCUUUGGAUUUUAGACAUUGUUUAGAUUCAGCACCUUACAAACAUUCUGGUGUGCUAUUGUGCAUGUGUUUUUGAUAUUCUCUGCUCCUGAUAUGCAUGUGAGAUACACUGGCAGCCAAAAGUUUGGAAUAAUGUACAGAUUUUGCUCUUAUGGAAAGAAAUUAGACUUUUAUGCACCAAAGUGGCAUUCAACUAAUCACAAAGUAUAGUCAGGACAUUAAUAACAUGAAAAAUUACUAUUACAAUUUGAAAAAAAAAUUCUUAAACUACUUCAAAGAGUUCUCAUAAAAAAAUCCUCCACGUGCAGUAAUGACAGCUUUGCAGAUCCUUGGCAUUCUAGCUGUCCGUUUGUCCAGAUACUCGGGUGACAUUUCACCCCACGCUUCCUGUAGCACUUGUCAUAGAUGUGGCUGUCUUAUCGGGCACUUCUCUCGCACCUUACAGUCUAGCUGAUCCCUCAAUGGGGUUAAGAUCCAUAACACUCUUUUCAAAUUAUCUGUUGUCCAAUGUCUGUGUUUCUUUGCCCACUCUAACCUUUUCUUUUUGUUUUUCUGUUUAAAAAGUGGCUUUUUCUUUACAAUUCUUCCCAUAAGGCCUGCACCCCUGAGUCUUCUCUUUACUGUUGUACAUGAAACUGGUGUUGAGUGGGUAGAAUUCAAUGAAGCUGUCAGCUGAGGAUAUGUGAGUCAUCUAUUUCUCAAACUAGAGUCUCUGAUGUACUUAUCCUCUUGUUUAGUUGUACAUCUUGCCUUCCACAUCUCUUUCUAUUCUUGUUAGAGCCAGUUGCCCUUUGUCUUUGAAGACUGUAGUGUACACCUUUGUAUGAAAUCUUCAGUUUUUUGGCAAUUUUAAGCAUUCUAUAGCCUUCAUUUCUCAAAAUAAUGAUUUACUGAUGAAUUUCUAGAGAAAGCUGUUUCUUUUUUGCCAUUUGUGACCUAAUAUUGACCUUAAGACAUGCCAGUCUAUUGCAUACUGUGGCAACUCAAAAACAAACACAAAGACAAUGUUAAGCUUCAUUUAACGAACCAAAUAGCUUUCAGCAGUGUUUGAUAUAAUGGCAAGUGAUUUUCUAGUACCAAAUUAGCAAUUUUGCAUGAUUACUCAAGGAUAAGAUGUUGGAGUGAUGGCUACUGGAAAUGAGGCCUGUCUAGAUUUGAUCAAAAAUGCAGUUUUUUACAUCAGUAAUGUCCUGACUAUACUUUGUGAUCAGUUGAAUACCAAUUUCCUUCCGAAACAGCAAAAUCUGUACAUUCUUCCAAACUUUUGGCCACCAGUGUGUGUGUGUGUGUGUGUGUGUGUGUGUAUGUAUAAACUAAAUAUGAGGGUGUGGAAUUAUGGAUGAAACUAAAUAAACACUUAUUAAUGAGAUUAUGUUUUUUUAUGUUAAUAUGUUAAGAGUAAUAUACAUUUUUAGCAUUGAUUAUAUGGUAAAAUCAUAAAUUUUACACCUAAAAAGCAUAAUUUUUUACAAUAUUUUACUGUAAAAUUAAAUGUAUGGUCUUGUUAAUAUAUUAUAUAUUUUUUUUACUGUAAAUGUUAAGGCACCUGUUAACCAAUUCAAGUUUUUUGUUGUUGUUGUUUUGUUUUACU